AUGGCCACGCUAGGUGUUCUCGACUUCAAUCCUGAGGGCCAUCCUAUUAAGUUUAAGACUUGGCUUCAGGACCUACAGCUGUACCUACUGAGCGAUUCGAAAGACAAUGUCUCACUGUUUGACCUCACGUCUGGAGACUGUCCUGCCCCUCCCGACACAGCUGACAGUACGACUCGCUCACAGUGGCUUACUCGUGACGCUGCCGCUCGCCUAGCCGUUCGCAACCACCUGCCGAUAGCCGAACGCGCUCACCUUGACCAGCCUAAAACUGCCAAAGCCCUGUACGACGCUGUAGUCGCCCGCUACUCUUCCCCUGCCAGUGCAGCUCUCGGUCGCCUUCUACUGCCCUACCUGUUUCCCGAGCUGUCCUCCUUUGCCCCAGUAGCGGAUCUCAUUACCCACCUUCGCACUAGCGACGCUCGCUACCGCGCUGCCCUCCCAGCCGAGUUCGUCCCCAAGAACGAGCCCCCCAUUUACAUCACUCUCUACUUUAUAGUCACCCGUCUCCCUGACUCUCUUCGCGCAGUCAGGGACCACUUUCUUGCCCUUGACGCCACCAAGCUCACCAUCGACCUGCUCGAGGAGCACCUCCUUGCAGCCGAGACUAGUGUAGUCGCUGUAGGUGCUACUCGUGGCACUCCUCGCACGCCCUUCUUUGAGGGGUGCUCCCCCUCCCCUCUUGCCCCCUCUGUUGCUUCUGCUGCUGCUGUCGACUUCCUUGGUGCUGAGGAGGUCGGUGCUGCUUCUGCUCCUAGUGGGAAGCGCCGCAGUGGCAAGGGCAAGGGAGACAAGAGCGGUGGGGGUGGCGGCAGGGGGGAUGGUGGUGGAGGCGGUAGAGGUGGAGGUGGCGGUGGGAGUGGUGGCGGGAGUGGGGGAGUCGGUGGCGGUGGUGGCGGCAGUGGUGGGGGUGGCGAUGGUGGUGGUGGUAGCGGCAGUGGGGGUGGUGGCGGCGGUGGUGGCGGCGGAGGGAGGGGUGGCGGCGGCAGUAGUGGUGGUCGGACCGGAGCAGUUCAGCGGCAGUAG